AUGGACAAUGUAUUGAAUAGGAUAAACGUUAUAUUUUAUUCUAUGGCUUUGUGUUUUUUGACUUUAUGUCUUUUCAAUUAUGGAACUUCAUUUUAUUUAUUUGAUGAGAAAGAAAUGAUAACUAAUAUAAAAGUAAGAAGUGUGCGUAGACUAGUGUAUAACAGAUAUAUAAAAGGUGACGAAGCUGUUUUAUCGCUAGAUUUAUCAUAUGAUAUGAGAAAAGCAUUUAACUGGAAUUUGAAACAAUUAUUUUUAUACGUUUUAGUAACUUAUGAAACACCACAAAAAAUAAAAAAUGAAGUUAUUAUACAAGAUUAUAUAAUAACUAAUAAAAACAAGGCAAAAAAAAAUUAUAAAAAUUUUAUUACAAAAUAUUCACUUAAAGAUUAUAAUAAUGGAUUAAGAAAUAAUAACAUUAAUUUACAAAUUUGCUACAAAUAUAUGCCAAUAGUGGGUUUGACUAGAUCUUAUGAAGGUAAAAAAAUUUCAUACAAAUUACCACCAGAAUAUUUUGACAGUUUACCAUCCAAUUACCCUUUGUAUUACCCGGAUAAGUGA